CCAUUGCCGUCGCUCGAAACAGUACAGUCAACGCGAAGCUCUUUCCAGUGAUCAACACAGACCUCUCACAAAACAAUCCUCAAACAAUCAAUCAAAAUGUUCCGAUUGGUGGUGUUGUCCGCUCUUCUCGCCGUUGCCGCUGCUGCUCCAGGGUUCCAAACGAGCCCGCUCGCCUACUCGACCGUUGUUGCUGCUGCACCGACCCUCGUCGCCCAGAAGGAGAUUUCGUACCAGAAGAGCAUCAUCGAGGAGCCGAGUGUGGCGCAUGUUGGAACCGUCCUGAAGACCGUCCCGACCGGAGUGACUCACACCAGCUCGGCUGUGGUGCACGACACCAAGGUCCACGAGAAUGUGUAUGCCCCGACCGUGAAGAAGACCGUUGUGUCGACUCCAGUUGAGAAGACGACCUACGUCCAGGCUGCUACCCCAGUCGUCCAUGCCGCCCCAGCUGUCUAUGCCGCUCCGGUCCAGACUUACGCUUAUGCUGCUCCAGUGGAGAAGACUUACGCUUAUGCUGCCCCAGUUGCCAAGACCUACGCUUAUGCUGAACCAGCUGUCCAGACCUACGUCCAGGCUGCUCCAGCUGCCGUCGCUUACGAGGCCGCCCCAGUGUCCUAUGCUGCUCCUCUGGCCAAGACUGCCUACGUCAGCAGCUACCCGUCGGUGUACUCCGCUCCGGCCGUCUAUGCUAGCCAGUAUCACUAAGCCCCAUGACUGUCCCUUCCUGAUUCCUAGCGUCUUUGGUGACGGUUGUUUUUCUUUUGUUCGCCUUUGAUUGUUUCGGUGAAAGAUGAGAGAAGCAGCUACGUGCGAGAAGAAUAAAUGAUUGAGAUUCGAAUGUUUUAAA